AUGAGGGUGUACGUGUUAGUCCUGUGUGUGUUUGUGCUGCAGCAGAGGACUAGAGCCAGGCCAGAAAGUCCAGGAUGCAACAGUCCUGAGGCAGUGAGGGUGGCAGAGGAGUCCGUGGAGCAGAUCAACCAGGACCGGACACAUGGAUACAUCCUGAGCCUCAACAGACUGUAUGACCUGUCUGUCACACCUGAAACGGAAAAAGGUGGGCUGCUGUACCAAAUGACCCUUGAUGUCAUGGAAACCAAAUGCCAUAUCACCAGCCGGAAACCAUGGAAAACAUGUGAUGCCAGACAGCUUCAUGAGGUUCCAGUUUAUGGAGAGUGUGAAGUAUCUGUGCAUGUUGACUCUCAAGUCCAACUUCAGAGCUACUCCUGUGGACUUCGUCAAGUUCCUGCCACUGCAGUGGUGGAUACGUGUCCGGACUGUCCCACAGCGGAGAACCUGAAUGAGCCUGUCGUCAAGGAAACAGCCAAUCUCUCCCUCCAGAGGUUCAAUGAAGAGAGUCGCCUGACAAACAUCUUCACCCUGGAGGACAUUACAAAAGCCAGCUCACAGUGGGUCGUUGGCCCAGCCUACUUUGUGGAGUUCACCAUUGUGGAGACGGUUUGUUCCAAAACAAAUGAUGGCAGUGAAGUGAGCAGCUGUCCUCCAAUGGACUGUCAGUUUGCACACAGAGGCUUCUGCGUCGGCUCACAUGUGACUCAAGAGGAAGAAUUUGAGAUCAGAGCUCCUGUAGGAGUGAAGAAUCAGAAGCCGGUGGUGGAGGUGAAAUGUGAGAUCUUUGAACCUCAGGCUGCUGUUGCAGAGGAACAGGCCCAUGCGAAGGCGGCCAGUGGACACACUGAGCAUCAGCACCUCAACCACACACACCUGCACCCCCAUGAGCACCCGCACUCUGACACACCUACCUCAGACCACACUGACCCCGGGCCCAGAAGCUCCCUGGGGACUGUGGUGGAUCAGCCUGCUUCUCCCAGAUCUGCUCCACAUGCCAGCUCCUGCCCCAGUCCCCACAGACACAAUCUGGGUUUAGUCAAACUCAGGCUCUGA